ACGUCACUCCGGCCACGUACCGCGAGGCGACGUCGGCGAUGUCGGCGUCAACUUUGGAACCGGCGCAAACAGUCGAGGCGGCCGCGGGAGGCAGCGAGACGAUGUCGGAGCAUUUCGUGAAGCCGGGGAACCUGGAUCGCGGCUGGAACGACCCCCCAGUAUUCUCAUUCUGCACCCAGAAUGCGACGCGGCGAGGGGGAACCCCCCUCACCAAGCGCGUUCCUCCCCCUCAACUCACAGGGGGAACCACCUCCACCAUUACAUCACCCCAGGUGUCUCUGACCCCAGCAAGCGCCCCGCCCUCCAGCGUGGCCCCACCCCCCAGCGUGGCCCCACCCCCUAGCGUGGCCCCACCCCCCAGCGUGGCCCCACCCCCCAGCGUGACCCCACCUCUUGCACCACCCACCCCUGAGACCUCUGCGUCCGUGACCCAGGAGGAGCCCAGUGUGGAGGUGGUGCUGGAGACGCUCACCUCCCUACUGAUAGGGUGCCGUGGCCACGUUCAGGGCCGCAUAUGCGAUGACAUCGGUCGCAAGCUGGAAUUGCUGCGAGAGGCCUGGAAUUCUGGGAAACUGAGUGACUUGGUCAAGAGACGGCUUGGAAUGCUAGCAAACGAUUUGCGAGCGAGCGCAUGGACUGAGAGUGAGCGCCGUGUCGUGUCGCUCACGGUCGACCACACAAGUGAGGUGGGGCCCUUCAUGGCGGCCGUCAGGAGGCUCCUGUCCGAAGCUCGCUCGCUAUCGCUCCAACAGAAGCAGCAGCAGCUACAAGAACCACCAAUGGAAUCAUGUCAACAAGAAGCACAACAACCACUGCAAGCACUGCAGCAAACAGAGCAGUCACUACCACUACCACAAUCAGAACAGGAACCCGUAGACCCAGAUCCAAAACCAGAUCUGCCUUCCGAACAACACCUGGAGCAGCCACAAUCUGAAUUAGAACCACUGCAGGAACAAACCCACUCACAACCAGAACCAGUCGAACAACAGCUAGAACGGGUGCAAUUAGAUCAGUUGCCUUUGGAACAACAACUGGAACAAGCAUGUCCUGAACAACCACAACUGGAACAACAUCCACAACCGGAAGCUCGUUGCGAUUCAGAACCUCUGCUGGAGCCAGAAAUGGAAGUUGAGCUGGAAGAGAAGCCAAAACUGGAACCACUUCCGGAUAUAAAGGAAUAAUUGGAACAACAAUUCGGCUGGAACAAAAAACAUGAGGACUUAAUUUGGAUUUGGAACUGAAUGUGAAACAGGAUCAGCACAUGGGAGAGCAUCUGGAACUGAGACUAGAUCUAGAACCAUAGUUGUGACUAUGGCUGUGUAAAUCCGCUUGGAAGGCACAGAACCAGAACCUCUGGAAGGAACUGAUGCAUGCCACACUGUGCCGUGCACUUGCACUUACGAAAACCGUCACUUCCAUUGUUAAAAUUAACAACUGCUUUACUUUGCAUUUUUAAUCCCACAAAGUGCAUUUAAUCUAACGCUUGAAGUUAUAAAUAAAAUAUUAACCACUCUGAUGAAGUGCUUUG